AUGGCAAACAGCAAGUUUGAUGCCUUUGACAAGCUCGACUUCGUUUACAAGUCUGUCAAAAACCAGCCUCUCAAAGCUACCGUCUUGGUUCCCAAGGCAUUGCGAGCAAACCCAAGCACGGAAUAUCCAGUUCUGGUCAAUUGGCAUGGCGGUGGCUUCGUCGUUGGCCACAGAUUGUACGAACAAUGGUUCAGUCCUUGGAUCAUUGAUCUGAGUCUCUCUACCCCUUCCAUUCUCAUCACUCCGGACUACCGUCUUCUCCCCGAAUCGAAUGCUGCCGAUAUCUUGGCCGACCUCGAAGACUUCUGGACCUGGCUUCGCACUCUUCCCGACCUGGCCGCAGGAUGGCAAGCACGUCCCGAUCUUUCACGUCUCGCGUGCGCGGGAACCUCCGCCGGUGGCUACCUAGCCGUCCAGUCCGCCCUCCUCUUUCCGCACCUGUCCCAAAUUAAGGUCAUCAUCUCCAUUGCUGGCUCUCUGUAUACCGACAUCCCGUACUACCGUAUCCCAGGCCCAAAGACUAUCCUUGGCAAAAAGGCUCCGCUGCCCCACAAGGCCGAGAGCAUUGUCCGGGCUUAUGUGAAAAGUAUCAAGCCUGGGACCAUUAGAACCAGUGGAGAUCCGGUCGAGAUGUGGGAGCUUUUGACUUGCGUUCUGCAACAGGCGUGGAAGCACUUCCUCCUAUCUGGGUGGUGCAAGGAACCCAUGACUCAGUGGUAA